AUGACGUCCUCAACGGAAGAUGUUGCCGUGGCAGCGUCCAAUUCCUCAGCCACAUCAACCAAACAAGCUAAUGCUGACAUGGACAGAAUGACUCAAAUACUAUUACACGAAGAACGCUCUUGCAUUUUUGAGACGCGUGUCGAGCGUGCUGAUCUCUGCCGCCAACGAGGGUCAGCGCAAUUUAAAAUCGGAAAUGUUGAUGAAGCAAUCAAGUGGUACGAGCGUGCACUAUACCACGUGGACUUUGACGAAGGCACAUGGCAUUUUGAGUUUACACCAAGAAAUCGAGCGGAUGUGAAUGUAGUGAGACUGCCAGUGUAUUUGAACUUAGCUGCGUGUUUUCUAGUCCAAGGAGCUCCAAAAGAUGGGAAGCAGGACGAGCAAAUACUAGCCAAGGAGAUCUAG